CUGAAUAGUAUUGAAAUACAACUAAUGACAUGAAUAUGAAGCAAAGACUACUAAAUACAAUUAUAAUGCGUUACAGCAGAAAAAAUCGUUAUCAAUCGCAUAGUUCUGUUUGAUUAAAUAAAAAAACAAUCGCUAUAUACAAGACAAAAGUGAAAUACAUAGAGAACUACAGCUGCAUUUAAAAUGAAACCCUUUGACUUAUCUCUUAUCUUAUUUUUUGUGGAAUGUUGUUGCUGCAUAGUGCCUUUCAAUCUGACAUAUUUAUCAAGGACAUGCUCGAACAAUUGGAAUACCUCUGGACUUUUCAGUUUCUGCUUUGACAUCUUUAACAAGGAUUUUCCAAAAGGAUAUUUAUUAGGAGAUUUAAAAAUGAACAUUGAAAAAAUCAUAGAGAAUCCAAAACGUUUGAGAGUAAAGACUUCCGAAGGUAAAUCAGUGGAAUCAUAUAGUGUUAAUCAGUUGGUAGAAAUUAACUUUGUUACUCGGAAUGGCAACAUAACCACAACACGUGCUUUUCAAAAUUCGUGUUUUCUUCAAGAAAACUGUACAAUUGAAGUAUCGUUUCGUACAUCAAAUUAUUCAGAGAAUCAAACUUCCCAUGGCACGUUUACAAUACAGUUUCUAGAGCCAAUAUGUGAUUUUGACGAAGAAUGCAAUAUGUUUAAAGAUGAGUCAAAAAUCAAGAUAAACUACAAUGAUACUGAAUGUAAAGGAAACUGUAAACCACUCCCAAAUAUUAAACAGGACCAAACAACAGGCAUGUACGGAUAUUUAUCUCUAUCAUCAUGGAGUCAUCCAGCUAUUUUACAAACAAAAAUGAUUUUUGGUAGUGGUUACGGAUGCCAAUUUCAGUACUCAAUUUGGGUUUGGCCGGAAGUUACGGUCAGGAUUUUUGUUAAUACUCCUACGAAACGGAAAGAAUUGGAUGAAAGAAUAUUUACAUAUUUUGUAAAGAAGUGGAAACACGUAAAUGUUACGAUCGGUAAAAUAGAUGAACCCUUUUUUAUAAGCUUGGAGGUACAGUCUCGCUAUUUCACUGCAAUGGACAAUUUGAUGUUAUACAAUUGUGAUAAAAAAGAUGAACUACAAUCUUGUAAUAGUCAACAGUGGACAUGUUCGACUGGUAAAUGCAUAGACAUACAGCAGAGGUGUGACCUUCACCAGGACUGUUUCUAUGGAGACGAUGAGGAAUAUUCCUUAUGUGGUGACAACACUGUUUUUAGUAGGUGUGAUUUUAAUCAAGGUGAUUGUGGGUGGACAGUUUCUAAUCCAGAUGCAGAGUGCAGGUGGUCCUUAAAGAGUGUCAAUCACACAAAUGCCAGAUUAGACCCUAACGGCAAUGUAUGGCAUUUGAAUGAAAGUAUCUGCAUUGAUGUCAGCUCUGCUGAGCUCAAAUUGCCAUUACGUAGUCGGGAAAAUAUAUCGACAAUAUGCAUGAUGCGUCUAUCGUAUAUUGUACAAGGGAAAGCUUCGAUAUUUAUUGAACAGUGUAUAGCAGACGACUGUAUACAGUUAAAAGAAAUUAUUGGCAAUUCGAAAGAAGUUGAAUGGAUGACUGCAUCGAUAUCUGUACCUAGUGUUCAAGGACGAUUUACUUUAUUCAUCUCCGGAAUAUUCAGUGACAGUUAUGACAAGAUGAAGAAUGCUUUGACAGUGGAUAACAUAUCUUUUAGUGGAGACUGCUUUGUUUAUGACAAUUAUACAAAUAAUGAUUUCCAUUCGGCUCUCCGUAGACAGGAAACAGAAAAGCUAACAAGAAAAGAUAUGAUUCCAUUAAUUGUCAGCACUGUCUUAGGUUCAAUGUCUGGUUGUCUUAUUUUGCUUAUAGCAUUUACAGUGUGCAGACGAAAACGUGGAAAAGAAGAUCAUAAAAGCUACCGUAAAAUAUCAACAAACUCUACCUUGAGUAGCACAUUAUUUAGUGUAAGGAAAAACGAUUGUACUGACACCUGUUACGACAACGAUACAGUGACGCCAUUUCUAAGCGGAAGUGGGGGAGUGUCUAGUAUUUCACCACUCUAUGACUGGUCGCAGAUAAAUGACAUCAUACAUAUCAUUCCAAGAAACAAAAUCACCGUUCGAAGAAUGAUUGGAAAGGGAGCUUUUGGUGAAGUUUACUAUGGAUUACUUGCAGAUGUUGCCAGACAGCAGACACCACUUCCCGUCGCAAUAAAAAUGCUACCAUCACUUUGUUCAGAGCAAUCAAAAUCUGAGUUCUUUGUGGAGGCUGUCUUGUUGAGUAAACUGCGUCAUCCAAACAUAGUAAAAUUUCUAGGUAUUUCUGUUGAUGAAAAUUCACUAUAUUUGCUGCUGGAAUUAAUGGAAGGGGGCGAUUUAAAAAGUUUUGUACGUGAAUGUCGACUAAAUGGCGAUGUUCCAUCCAAGGUUUCAAUUUAUGACCUUCUGAAUCUUUGCAUAGAUGUUGCAAAAGGCUGUGAAUAUUUAGAGCAAAACAGAUUUAUUCAUAGAGAUAUCGCCGCUAGAAAUUGCCUCUUAAGUGAAAAGGGAUCAAAUAGAGUUGCUAAAAUUGCUGAUUUUGGAAUGACAAAGAAUGUGUUCAGGACAAAUUAUUAUCGUAAAAAUGGUAAAGCAAUGGUUCCUGUUAAAUGGAUGCCACCGGAAGCUUUCCACGAUGGUGUAUUUACAACAAAAACAGACGUAUGGGGAUUCGGGAUUGUUCUUUGGGAAGUCUUUACAUUGGGCAGAAUUCCAUAUCCUGGAAAGUCAAAUAAUGAAGUGAUGACAUUUGUGGCUAAAGGAGGACGAUUGGAUAAACCUGAUCAGUGUUCUCAAGAAACGUAUUCUUUAAUGUGUAAAUGCUGGAUGGACAAACCUGAAGACAGACCAAACUUCAGAAACAUUACAGAAGAACUUAUUCAAAUACAAAAGAAUUCAGAUCUUUCACAGGAAACAAUAAUAAAUGAAAAAGUCAGCAGUGAUUAUAAUGUCACUGAAAUAGUACACGAAUCUACAGAAAAAAUAAACUAUUCAAGUGAUUUGAAUGAAGUACAGCAAGUUACAGCGAAUACAAAAAACAAUGAACACGAUGACUCUGAGAAAAAACAGCAAGCAGAAACGUCUUCAAGUAAUGAUGAUAAACUACAAUACACUCCCAAUAACUCAUUAGAGCUCAAACAAUUAAAUGAAGACAAAAAUGACUAUAGGACUAGAACACAUUAUUCUUCAAGUGUGAAUGACGAUAGGACUAGAGCACAUUCUUCAUCGAACGUAAAUGACAGAAUGACAAGACCACAUUCUACUUCGAACGUUAUUGACGGAAUGACAGUAACAGAUUGUUCAUCAAACUUGAAUGACGUAAUGCAUAUAACACAUUCUUCUUCAAGCGGGAAUGAUGAAAUGACAAUAACAGAUUGUUCAUCCAGCAAACAUGACGAAAGGACAAGAACACAUUCUUUAUCAAGCGAGAAUGGAUGAUACAAAUACGUUAAA